AACCGCAGCGCCAGCAUUGCAACGACCAUGGGAACAAUCUGCCGGCUGAGUUUAGAACUCAAAAAACUCCUUUUUGUCUCUACUUAUCUCCAAUAACAAAGUGGCUUUUGGUUAUAUUUAUUCAAUCAUAUAAAGUACAUAUUUGUAACCAUCUUUGAAUAACUCAAUAAAAUAACACACUCAUGUCUCUUAUUUUGAAACAACUAGCAUCUAUCCUCCUUGGAAUUUUCAACUUAAACCAAGUUUCAUGCUUACAUAACUAUGCCAGCCCAGAAACACUCCUCAAAAGAAGAGCAUUAAUAGUCAAAGUUUUAGGAGAGCAAAAAAAAGUCCACAUUAUUAUUGUAACCCCAACUUGGCCCCAUAUUCAUUCAUUUAUUCAUCCCUAUAAAAAUGGUACAUUUUAGAAGUUAGGAAAGUCAUAUAGAAAUGGCAUCUACAAAGGAGAAAAAUAAUGUUGCCAUAAUUUUUGGGGUCACUGGACUUGUUGGUAGAGAGCUAGCUAAGAGGCUAAUUCUACAAUCUUGUUGGAAAGUUUAUGGUGUAGCUAGAAAAAAUCAAGAGAUACCAACACACACCCUUUUGAGCCCAAAUUUCAAUUUCAUUUCUUGUGAUUUGCUUAACCCUUUUGAGACCCAAAAAAAGUUAUCUUGCUUACAAGAUGUGACCCAUUUGUUUUGGGUCACAUGGGCUAGCCAAUUUCCAUUAGAAACACAAGAAAGUUAUGACCAAAACAAAACCAUGAUGUCCAAUGCUUUGGAUUCUAUUCUCUCAACAUCCAAGAAUCUAAAGCAUGUUUCCCUUCAAACAGGGACCAAACACUAUGUAUCACUUCAAGCCCCUUUUGAUGAACAAAAGAAACAUUACUAUUACCAUGAAGAGUUUCCAAGAAUUAGUAGAGCCCUUAAUUUCUACUAUGCAUUAGAGGAUUUGCUAAUGGAGAAAUUGAAUGGUAAAGUUUCUUGGUCAGUGCAUAGGCCUGGUUUAUUAUUGGGAAGUUCUAUUAGAUCAUUUUACAACUUUAUGGGUAGUUUAUGUGUUUAUGGGUCUAUUUGUAAACAUUUGAAGCUUCCUUUUGUGUUUGGAGGAACAAAAAAGUGUUGGGAAGAGGCUUACAUUGAUGGGUCAGAUGCUAGGCUUGUAGCCGAUCAACAUAUUUGGGCUUCCACAGAAAGUGCUCUAGUUUCCACAAGUGGACAAGCUUUUAAUUCAAUUAAUGGCCCAAGUUUCACUUGGAAAGAGAUUUGGCCAAUUGUUGGGAAAAAACUUGGGGUUCAAGUUCCUCAAGAGAUGUUUGUUGGGAAUUUUUUGUACUCAAAAGCUAUGUUUGAGAAGCAACAAGUUUGGAAAGAGAUUGUGGAGGAAAAUGGUUUGGUUCCAACAAAAAUUGAAAAUUUAGCUAAUUGGGAAUUUUUAGAUGCCUUGUUUAGGUUUCCUUUCAAACUCAUGGGGAGUAGAGAUAAAAUUGAUGAGGUUGGUUUUGGUGCUAGGUAUAAGACAUUGAAUUCAAUAUUGUAUUGGAUUGAUUGCAUGAGAGAUGAGAAGUUGAUUCCUUAGAGUAUUUGAUUCUCUAAAAUCUUCUUCCUACAACUUUUUUAUAAAUAAGAAUCGAACUCGAUACCUUAAAGUUUAUAACACUCAAACACUGCAUUUCAAUCAUUUAUAUAUAAAUAAGAAUCGAACUCAAUACUUUAGAGCUUAUAAUACUCAAAACACUGUAUUUCAACCAUUUAUACUAACGUGUAGUUGGUUGCUUCAUCUUUAACUUCAUAUAGAAGUGUUUGGUGACAUAAAUUUAUGGAGCACCACAAAAUGGGGUUUUCUUUUAACAAAUUCGUGGCAACGUGCUCUUUGCAUGUGCUUGUUAAACCUUGUCUUUGUUGUUGCUUAGUUUACUAGUUUAUAUACAGAUGGAAUGAUCUUAUUUAAUGAUGUAUAUUACUUCUUUUGCA